UACAUCCUGUCAUCUGGAGUUUUCACAUCCGGAAGGUGGGGCUUUUGUUGCAGGAGCGGUUUGCUUUUGGAGAACCAAUGUCCCGAAAUGCACCAUUAAUGCAGUCAUCAAGAUAACAUCAACCGACGGCAGAAAUACAAAUCCUGCUUUGGUUGUGUCAGAAAGUGUCAGAGUGCAGAGGAAGUGUAUGUGUGAGUGUGUGUGCAUGUGUGCGUGAAAGAGACACAAAGAAGAAUACAGUGAUGGCUACCAGUAAAAGUAAAAACCAGAGCUCUCUGGCACUGCACAAGGUGAUAAUGGUGGGCAGUGGAGGCGUGGGGAAGUCGGCUCUCACUCUGCAGUUUAUGUAUGACGAGUUUGUGGAGGACUACGAGCCCACCAAGGCAGACAGCUACAGGAAGAAGGUGGUUCUGGAUGGGGAGGAGGUCCAGAUCGACAUUCUGGAUACAGCCGGCCAGGAGGACUACGCUGCCAUCAGGGACAACUAUUUUCGCAGCGGGGAGGGCUUCCUGCUGGUCUUCUCCAUCACAGAGCAUGAGUCCUUCACUGCUACUGUGGAGUUCAGGGAGCAGAUCUUGCGGGUGAAGGCGGAAGAGGACAAGAUCCCUCUCCUGCUGGUAGGGAACAAGUCGGACCUGGAGGAGCGCAGGCAGGUAUCUGUGGACGAGGCCCGGGGGAAAGCCGAGGAGUGGGGCGUCCAGUACGUCGAAACAUCAGCCAAAACCAGAGCCAACGUUGACAAGGUGUUUUUUGACCUGAUGCGUGAAGUUCGAGGCAAGAAAAUGUCCGAAAACAAAGAUAAAAACGGAAAAGGAAAGAACAAGAAGAACAAGAAGAGCUUCAGAGAAAGAUGCUGUUUACUUUGAACACUUCAUGGACCUUGACAACCCACAGUACAGCUGUUAAGUUGGGGGAACAAAGCAGAGCGUCCUUGCCAUUGUCAUUCAAACGAAAUUUGAUCUUUUUUAAUAGCUGGUUUUAGUUUAGUGAUUAGAACAAUCUCAAGCUCUUUUUUUUUGUUUUUGAUUAAUAAAAUCUGAGUUGCUGUUUCAUUGGAAGAUAACCACUGUUGUGAUUGUGACUCGGACUGCAGUUCCUGAUGGCUCACAGUAAGCCAAUGACCAAACUGCCAUUGACACUAACUCUGCUGCUCAAGACAUUCUCCACUGUUAAACUCAGCGAUUAUACUGCCUUUGACUUAGGUUCAGUGUGUUUUACACCAGAAUUGUUGAGUCUUUGUCAAGUAAACAGUGCUCUUAAUUUCUUUACCUGCUCUUAAUCUUAACCUUUAUAAUCCUUACUCUAUGUUAGUAUAGACCCCUUGAGUCUAUGUUCAUCAAUUUACCAGGAACUCUAAUGCUGCUGUCUGUCUUAUUUGUGAUCAGUUAUGAUGACACUUAAUGUUGUGUCUAUUGAAGAUGUUGGCCUCAUUCAUUCAUCUGUCCAGACUCUGAUCUUUACGACUUCAGAGCACAUUUGGAAUGGCUGGAAUUUCUUUUUAAAAAUAUUCUCAUUUUUGAGCCCUUGAGGCUGCUGGUUUUUCUUUUAGUUCUUCCAAGGAUUUGUGAUUUUCCGACCACAGAAGAAUCAGUGCAAUCAGAGGACGUGUUGCCAAACAGGGUAAUUUCAUUCCACUGCUAUCAGGCCUUACUUGAUUACUGCAAAUCAAUCAAAGGAUGCUUUGCAGGUUUUUUUUAGGACUACUGCAAGAUAAAAUGUUUGGUGACUAUAUAUCACAGAAAAACCCAAAUUUAUGGUGAGGAUUUGUAUCACUCAGCUCUCAGAGCUUCAUGUAGAUAUUUUAGCAUUUGUUAAAUAUUCUAAGGCUGUGAAGAGAAGGUUGUAAUGUGAUUACUUGUAUUUUUUAGUUAUGUUCAUAUAAUCUGGCCCUUCCUACCUUCCUCACAGUGCAGAAUACUUCCUGUUUUACGUGAUUGUUGAAAAUUGGAGUUUGUACUGUGAGACAGGGGUUGACAAUCCAGGAGGCCAUCAUGCUUCUGGUCCACAAUGUCAUAAUAAUCAAUAAUGUCUUAUUUCUCUUAAAAAUUUUGAUGUUCUUUUCAUUCUUUGGUCUUCUUAAUAACAUGCACUACAUUGCCAAUACCUAAGAGGUGGACUUCAUGCUGAAUGGAGUCCCACUGGAGACUUUUAAACAGUUUCUGCCAACAAAAUCACAGAAAAAUCAGACUAUGUUUGUGGAUGUACAGUAUGUAUGUUAAUUAACUGGGUGAGUGUGCAGAAAAUUGUACUACCUACUUUUAUGUGUCUGUGUGAGUGGACCUUUGAAGAGGGCGCCAACUUCUUAACUUGUUUAAUCAAGUGCUUCAGUGAACAACAUGUUUCUACCACUGCCUAAACCUUUCUUUGUAACAUGUCCUCCCUUCUUUUACUUCCUACUGCUGUGAGUGUGCUUUUGUCUCUGCAGCGAGAGUGUUGCCGAAUAAAUCCUUUUUUUUCUUUGUAA